AUGACCAAGUUCCUUCUUGUCACAGGUUUGGCACUUCUGCUGAAUUCUCAUCUGGGUUCUUCCUACCAGCUGAUGUGCUACUAUAAUAAUGUGGCCCGGAACAGGCCAGGACUGGGAAGCUUCCGUCCUGCUAAUAUUGACCCCUGCCUGUGUACUCACCUCAUCUAUGCCUUUCCUAGGAUGCAGAGCAACAGGAUCACCAUGAGAAGCAUGAAUGACUUGACUGACAAACAAGCUUUAAACACCCUCAAAUGCAGGAACACCCAACUGAAAACCCUCCUGGCCAUUGGAGGCUGGGACUUUGGACCUGCCCCGUUCAGCGCCAUGGUCUCCACUCCUCACAACCGCCAGACUUUCAUUAGCUCAGUCAUCAAAUUCCUGCGCCAGUAUGGGUUUGAUGGGCUGAACCUGGACUGGCAGUUCCCUGGAUCUCAUGGGAGCCCUGCUAAGGACAAGCAUCUCUUCAUCGUCCUGGUGCAGAAAAUGCAUGAAGCUUUUGAGGAAGAAGCCUUUGAGAACAGUAGACCCAGGCUGAUGAUCACUGCCACGGUAGCUGGUGUUGUCUCCCUCAUCCAGUCUGGCUAUGAGAUCCCCCAGCUGUCACACUCCUUAGACUACAUCCAGGUCAUGACUUACAACCUCUAUGGCUCCCAGGAUGGCUACACUGGGGGAAACAGUCCCCUCUACAAAUCCCUACAUGACACCGGCACCAACACCUUCCUCAAUGUGGACUACAUCAUGACUUACUGGGAUGAAAAUGGAGCAGCUCCUGAGAAGCUCAUUGUUGGAUUCCCAGCAUAUGGACAAACCUUCACCCUGAGUGACCCCUCCAGCACUGGAAUCGGCGUGCCCACUGCUAGUGCUGGGGCACUAGGGCCCUACACAGAGGAGUCCAGCAUCUUGGCCUAUUAUGAGAUUUGCAUCUUCUUAAAUGAUGGAGCCACUGAGGCCUGGGAUGCUGACCAGGAAGUACCUUAUGCCUAUCAGGGCAAUAAAUGGUUUGGCUAUGAUAAUGUGAAGAGCUUUCAUAUCAAGGCCGAAUGGCUUAAACAGAACAACUUGGGAGGUGCCAUGCUAUGGACCCUGGACAUGGAUGACUUCACUGGUGCUUUCUGCAACCAGGGACAGUUCCCUCUAACGUCUGCCCUGAAGAAAACCCUCAGAGUGCACAGUAAAAGUUGCAUGGCCUCAGUUUCAGACCUUCGGCAAGUAAAUGCUCCUCUAAACAGUGGAGGUAGGAGCUGGAAGACAGACACUGAGGCAGUAGAUUCUGUGUCAGCUGGGCCAAGAGAAUAA